AGCCUCUCUUUCGCCACACGAUACCACAGCAAACGAGGUCCAGACAGAUGUACAGUACUAGCAGAGACAAAGAAUCAACACACGGGGAGAGAGCAACAACACAAACACAUCCAGUCACAAGGGCUGAUUGGUCGAUCCUAACACUUCAAGACCCAGACCUCGAGGACAGGAGAGGGAGAAGACAGAAUAGAGAAGAGAGAGCCAUGAAGAGCCUGAGGUUCCUCGCUGCUGAGGGCUUCGCUCAGAGUGGCCCGAGCGCCAGGGAGAACCUUAGCUGUGAGUCGUACAACCUCUACCCGCUCCUCUUCAAGGCCUGCUACCUGCAUGAGAAGGCCCUCCUCCUCCACGACCUGGUCCAAAUCUGGACGUGCGAAGGCUGGGUUCGGAUGAAGACCACCUGCUGGCGACCAUUGGGGAUCUGCUGAGCCGGCUGACUGAGCUGACAGAGCUCUACAUGGGCUUCUCCACCCUCACCGGACACCUGCGAAGACUGCUAAGCCCCCUGACCACCCCACUGCAAUGCCUGGAGCUGGCCAACUGUAACCUGAACCGUGUGGACAUGGCCUACCUGGCCAACAGCCUGCACAGUGAGAACCUGGUCAGUCUGGACAUAAGUGGUCACAACGUGUGCGGCCUCUUCCCCACCACCUUCAUCAAGCUCCUCCAGCGCUGCGCCGCCACCCUCCACAGCCUCACCCUGGAGGACUGUGACCUGGAAGACGAACACAUGGACAUCCUGACCCAGGCCCUGGCUCCCUGUCGCGGCCUGGAGGAGCUGAAGAUACUGGGCAACCCUCUGACCGCCACGGCCCUGCGCCGCCUCUUCUCCACUCUGGCUGCUGGGUUCCCAGCCAUGAGGUACGUGGAGCUGCCAGUGCCUCGGGACUGCUACCCUGAGGACGUCACCUACCCCCUGGAUGAGACAGUGCUGCUGCAGUACGACAGGGAGAUGUUCCAGGUGGUCAGAGGUCAACUGAUGGGGAUCCUUCAGGGGGUGGGGAGGGGGAACGUGGAGGUAGUCACCCCCCUGUUGGGCGCUUAUGACGCAGAUAUCAAUGAGACCAGUAAUGAGCUGGGGGUGUCCAUGGUGAAAUCCUUCAACAGCAUCAUUGGAAACUUUAUUGAUACCAUUAAGAUCGUGGACAACAGGAGAUCCAACAAAGAGGUAGAUUAAAGUACAGGUAGAAUACCAGAGAGCGGGAAAUAGAGGGUUGAUAGAGCAAGGGUGUGUGCAAUACAAAGGGUUCAUAUUUCUCAAUCGUCAAUAGUGGCUUGCCACAUUUACAUUUCCACUGAUCUAAAGACAUCUAAGAAAUCAGUGCAAAUAAAGGGAAGGAGACAACUUUAGACUAUUGGGAAUGCAUAUGAAGGCCUUGAGGAACUUCAUUUUAUAUACAUAUGUACUGAUUCAUAAGUACUUGCAACAGAUAUUUGACAUAAGUACUGCCCCAUUAUCAUGGGAUUUUUUUGACAUGCAACUGGCGUUCGAUUAUAGUAUAGAGUAAAUUGUCAUUUUGGUCUUCCAUUCAUGAGUGGCAAUCAGAGUAAUGCAUUAUUUGAGUACUUAUUAUAUACAUAUAAACGUCCUCUCACUGUCAACUGCAUUUAUUUUCAGCAAACUUAACAUGUGUAAAUAUUUGUAUGAACA